AUGGCCGUCCCUACCAGCAUCCUCUCGUCUGCCGCUAGGCGGCGGCUUGUGCAACUGCCCGAGCUGUCGAGAUGCGCUGUCCGGCCUGCAGCGGCAACGAGCAUUGCGUCGAGGUGUCUCGUGCGAGGCUACCGACCGGCUGCCAUCACCGCAGGACAGAGGCGCCCCAUAUCGAACACCACACGGAGAAGAUUUGCCAGCGUAGAAGACGAUGACUACCUCAAUCCCCUCAAAGCCGAGCGAGAAGCGGAUGAGGUGGAUGUAUGUAUCGUGGGUGGCGGCCCAGCGGGAUUGAGUGCUGCUAUCAAACUAAAGCAGCUUGCAAACGAUGCUGGAAACGAGGACUUUCGAGUGCUGCUACUGGAGAAGGCUGGUGAGAUAGGGGAUCACAUCGUCUCGGGCAAUGUGUUGGAACCCAGUGCACUGGACGAAUUGCUACCGGAUUGGAGGGCAGAAGAUAACCCAAAUCGAUUCGAAGACUUCACGCCUGCAACGACAGAUCGCAUGCGGUUCCUCACAAAGACGAGCUCGAUACCCAUGCCGAAGCCUCCCCAGAUGAACAACCAUGGAAACGUUAUUAUAAGCUUGAAUGAGCUCUCCAAGUGGCUAGGCGAAAGAGCAGAGGAAGUGGGCGUUGAGAUAUACCCGGGAUUUGCCGCGUCUGAAGUGCUAUAUACCAAGGAAGGAGCAGUCCGUGGUGUGGCAACAAACGAUCUGGGCAUUGGCAGAGAUGGCAAGCCUAAAGAUUCGUUUGAGCGCGGAAUGGAAUUCCAUGCUCGAUGUACACUUCUCGCAGAGGGCUGUCACGGCAGCUUGACAAAGCAGAUCAUCAAGAAAUACGACCUGCGGCGAGACAGCCAACCACAAACAUACGGUCUGGGCAUCAAAGAAGUCUGGGAGAUUGAUCCUGCCAAGUUUGAGAAGGGUCUUGUUGCACACUCAAUGGGUUACCCACUGCCCACGAAUACCUACGGUGGCGGCUGGAUGUACCACUUUGGCGAGAACAUGGUCUCCAUUGGUCUGGUAGUAGGUCUCGACUACCCCAACCCAUGGCUGGCACCGUACGGCGAGUUCCAAAAGAUGAAGCACCAUCCAUUCUACAAGAACUACCUCGAAGGCGGCAAAUGCAUAUCAUACGCAGCGCGAACACUAAACGAAGGCGGCUUCCAAAGCAUACCCAAAUGUGCCUUCCCCGGCGGCGCUCUAAUCGGCGACACGGCCGGCUUCCUGAAUGUUCCAAAGAUCAAAGGCACGCACACCGCAAUGCGCUCUGGCAUGCUCGCAGCUGAAGCAGCCUACGAAUGCCUAGACGGCAGCAAAGACACCGAAGGCGCCGUCUUCCUGUUCGACUACGAAGACAAGCUCCGCAAAAGCAGCAUCUGGACCGAACUCAAACAAGUCCGCAACAUGCGGCCCAGCUUCUCCACUCCCCUCGGUCUAUACGGUGGUGUCCUCUACUCCGGCCUCGAAGCCUACAUCCUCCGCGGCAUGGCCCCUUGGACCCUCAAACACCAUGGCGGCGAUCACGCAGCGACGAAGACCGCCGACCAGUGCCAGAAAAUCGAAUACCCCAAACCCGACGGCAAGAUCUCCUUCGAAAUCCUCACCUCCGUCUCACGAACGGGCACCAACCACGAAGAGGACCAGCCCUGCCACUUGCAAGUCGCCGACUGGGACAAGCACGCCGAGAUGGAGUACCCCAAGUACAAAGGCGUCGAGAACCGUUUCUGUCCCGCGGGAGUGUACGAGUACGUGGAGGAUGAGAGCAAGGAUCUCGGCGUGAGGUUUCAAAUCAACUCGCAGAACUGUGUGCACUGCAAGACUUGCGAUAUCAAGGUGCCGGAUCAGGAUAUCAAUUGGCAGACGCCGCAGGGUGGGGAGGGGCCGAAGUAUGUCAUGACUUGA